AUGGUGUGUGCCAAAUCGGAGCUGUGCCCGGAGUGCCAGCGGCUGGAGGGGACCGCCGAGAAGGUGACUUCUCUGGGGAAGGACUGGCACCGGCCCUGCUUGAGAUGCGAGAAGUGUAACAAGACCCUGACGUCUGGAGGCCAUGCGGAGCACGACGGCAAGCCGUACUGCAACCACCCCUGCUAUGCUGCCUUGUUCGGGCCCAAAGGGUUCGGCCGGGGAGGAGCCGAGAGCCACACGUUCAAGUAA